AGAGGGAAAGUCAAAUGAUCCAAAAGAUGAUGAACAAACACGUGAAUCUUUCAGGAUUAAACUGGAUCAUUAUUUUUAAAAUGAGAGUCUGUGUUACUUUGCGCAUUCCUCUUUCAUUUCAUGUUCAUAGAAGAAAUAUUUCCGAGUGUGUUUCCAGCACCAAGUUCAUUGUUUUCACUGGACAAAACAAAAAGUGUGUGUUUGUGUCCCAGGGGAAACAUUCAUUUAAAAAAACGUUUAAAAAGAACAAAAAUGUGUUCACAAAUGUUACAGUUCAUAUACAGGCAUUUGUCAUUCUUGAUCAUUUGUGUUUCAAUCUGAAAAAUGUAUGUAAUAAAUUAGACUUUCUGACAAUUUAUCUCAUGCAGGCAGCUGUAAAAAUGCAGUCAGUCUUUAGAAGAAGAAUUCAGUGCAUGACCGGAUCAUACUACCUUCGCCCCCCCAUCCCCAGAAGGAAAUGUGAUGUUAUGUGAUGGGAUCACGCGGGAGUUAGAAAAUCCGGGGAGUCAUGCGCUAAUCCGGUAUUUAAGGUGGACGCUCCGCUGCUUUUUGGGAAACAGGGGUCUGUGCGCGAGGGAGAGGAAGUUUUUAAACGCACUCAUCAGUGGACAGAGGUGAUGCGCGUUCAUUUCAACUGAAAGCUCAGCUGAAGUGCAUCAAGGUAGAUAAAUAUCCUUUUGGUAAAACUUUUGCCAGCCGUGCGUAAAACUCGACUCUUUUGGGAUAAUGUGGCAAAGCUGCGUUUUGGUGCUUGUGGGCGCGGCGGUCGUGGUCGCUCAGUUCCCCAGAGAGUGUGUGACCCCUGCGGGGCUCUUGAGCGGACAGUGCUGCCCGUCGCCGUCCGGACUCGACAACGACCCGUGUGGCUUCGCCGAGGGCCGCGGAGAGUGCGUGUCCAUCACGGCUGACGCGCGGCCGCACGGGCCCCAGUAUCCCCACGACGGCCGGGACGACCGGGAGAGGUGGCCCAUCCGUUACUUCAACCGCACCUGUCAGUGUAACGGGAACUUCAGCGGCUUUAACUGCGGCCGCUGCAGACACGGAUGGACCGGAGCCAACUGUGACGAGAGGGUUUCUGUCGUGAGGAGAAACGUGAUGCAGCUCAGCUCGGACCAGAAGCGUGCGUUCGUGAGCGCGCUGGACCAGGCCAAGCGCACGGUGCACCCGGACCUGGUGAUCGCCACGCGGCGCCACGCGGAGAUCCUGGGGCCCGACGGGAACACGGUGCAGUUCGAGAACAUCACCAUCUACAACUACUUCGUGUGGACCCACUACUACUCCGUCAGCAAGACGUUCCUGGGCACGGGGCAGGCGAGCUUCGGCGGAGUGGACUUCUCGCACGAGGGCCCCGGGUUCGUGACCUGGCACAGGUACCACCUGCUGCAGCUGGAGCGCGACAUGCAGGAUAUGCUCCAGGACCCCUCCUUCGCCCUGCCCUACUGGAACUUUGCCAUCGGUGGGAGCACAUGUGACAUCUGCACCGACGACCUGAUGGGCGCCAGGAGCAGCUUCGACAUGAACUCCCUGAGCGCCAACUCCAUCUUCGCCCAGUGGAGGGUCAUCUGCGAGAGCGUGGAGGACUACGACACGCUGGGAACCAUCUGCAACAGCACUGAGACCGCUCCCAUCCGAAGGAACCCAGCGGGGAACGUGAACAGGCCGAUGGUGCAGCGGCUCCCGGAGCCCCAGGAUGUGGCGGACUGUCUGCAGGUCAACGCCUUCGACACGGCGCCGUACUACUCCACCUCCUCCGAAAGCUUCAGGAACACGGUUGAAGGCUACAGCGCCCCCAAGGGGAACUAUGACCCCGCGGUCCGGAGCCUCCACAACCUGGCCCAUCUCUUCCUGAACGGCACAGGGGGGCAGACCCACCUCUCGCCCAACGACCCCAUCUUCGUGCUGCUCCACACCUACACCGACGCCAUCUUUGACGAAUGGCUGAGGAGACAGACUUGUGGGCUAACUUGUGUUUUCCUGUCAGGUUCUGCCACAUACCCGGAGGAAAACGCCCCCAUCGGUCACAACAGGGGCUACAACAUGGUGCCCUUCUGGCCUCCAGUGACGAACGCCGAGAUGUUCGUGAUGGCCCCGGAAAAUCUGGGUUACUCCUACGAAGCCCAAUGGCCAGGUCAACCCUUCACCACGACAGAAAUCAUCACCAUGGCCAUCGUGGCCGCCCUCGUGGUGGUCGCGGUCGUCUUCGCAGCCACCACGUGUGCCGUGCGCGCCCGCUCCAGGACGGAGGGCCACCAGCCGCUGCUCAGCGACCAGUACCAGCGCUACGACGACGUCAAGAGCCAGUCGGUGGUUUAA